CUAUAUUAAAAACCAAGUGCAACAAAAGUCAGUACAUCCCUCAUUAGUGAGGUUCUAUUAUUUUUAUUUUUAUUUUUAUUUUUAUUUUUAUUUUUAUUUUUAUUUUUAUUUUUAUUUUUAUUUUUAUUUUUAUUUUUAUUUUUAUUUUUUUUUUUUAUUUUGAUUUGAUCCUCCUGAACAUGGAUGAUACCAGUCUUGCACAAAUCCAUGGAGAGAUGUUCUACCAUUCUUCACAAAUUAUUCUUUUCAGCUGCUCUUUGGGGUUAGGGGUUUAAAAUACUUCAGUGGUGCUGUAUUGGAUUUAGGUCGAGGGACACAUUUGGCCAUGUCACUGGUUCUACUUUUUUUGUCUUUAAGAACUCUCUCUGAUUUUUGCAUUGUGUUUGGAAUCAUUGUCACAUUGGAAAGUUCCUCUCAUGCCAAGCCUUUUGGGACAGGAAGUCAUCUUUUGCAAGUCUGUUUUUUAAUGCAAGGUUACAUAAAUAGCUAAUUGGUGUGGCAUCAUUUUUCAAGGACUGCCAUUGCCCCUUCUAUUAUUGGUAGUAUGAUUUUUCCUGUAUCUCCUAACUGCUGCUGCAAUUGUGUUUCAGCUUGUGUUCAGUAGCCCGCUGAUGCACUUGUAGCCUCCCCCAUCUUUAUAAUGUCUCACAACCUGUUUUUGUUUUUUACAUGUUCCGGCAGUUCCUUAUAAUGUGGAACCAUGGUGCAUUAGACACAACCCAAAUUGAAGAAGUUGUGAUGCUGACUGGUUGUAUGAUAUAUACAGUAACAUCCAAGUCUGUUUUAUUUUUUUUUCUGUGUGUGUGUGUGUGUGUGUGUGUGUGUGUGUGUGUGUGUGUGCGCGCUUUCAAGUCAACCUGUUAGUUUUAAUUAUACAUUACAUCAAAUACCUUACACUUCAGAUUAGAAAUAAUACAGUGACAAAAUGGCAUAGUUUUGAAUCAUUUUACAUUUUUGUGGUAUUGCACAGGGGUCACUUACAAAACUAAACCAGGUGCAAGUGUAGUUGUCGUGCCCUAUGUUUGUACAUAAAGAACAAACAUAUAAACAUAGUAUGCAUAUAUAUAUAUAUAUAUAUAUAUAUAUAUAUAUAUAUAUAUAUAUACACACACACACACCUUUUGAUUGGUAUAUUUUGGUAUAUACAUGUUCAUUGACAUUAAUAUUUAGUUAUGGGCUUCUGCAGGGAAUCUAUUGUGUGGUGCUGUUUGUAUGAAUUGCGUCAAGAAAUGCGCUUACCGUUUUGAAAAUGUUAGGCAUGAUUUGAGAAAUGUACUAAAAUGACUGAGAAAAACUUUAACACAUCUGUCAACAACAACAGCCAGCAUCACCACAUCCUCUCUCACUUCCUCUCUUUUGAAUACUUAAAUAGUGAAUAUAUAGUGAACACCAUUGGCUGGCCAUUCUUAUGUAUCAACAUCACAGUACUUGGUACUUAAGAUAUCAAUAGUUUUCUUCAGUAAAUGCUUAUUACUGUAUUUUAAACUUAUCAAGAUUUAGGUUUUCACUGAACACAUUAUGGCAGUGGUUAUUUGGAUGUUAUCCAAACAAUUCACAUGAAAAGAUGUAUGAAAUAGUUAAAUGAACAAGGCGAUUACACGAAGAAGCUAAACUUUUUAUUUGGGUUCCAAGCUAAAAUUCUGAAGACACUGUAUGUGUUGGCAGUGAUCUAUAUCUGUCAAAACUGCAUGUUUUUUCUUUCUUGGAUGGCAGAUUCUGUAAUGGGAGACUACUUCAUUGUUUAAUUAUGCUGCUUAGUCCUGUGGCAAUAUCAUGGAAUAUAUGUAAAGGGUAAUCUGUAAUGGUAAACCUCAUAAACCUUAGUGAUGCACUGUAUAUGUCUGUACUCAUGCACCCAUCCACCCCUUUCCUCUAAACAACAGGCAUUCACUCUGUACAGUCCCACAUCACUUUCUAAAGCUUUGUAGUUCUACAUGGUGGAUACAAAAUAACGGCCAUUUGUAGUGGAGACCAGAAGGAGGAAGCAGCUAGCUCUGUGGUUGUGCUGACAUGUGUGUGCAAUAACCUCCUGUUUCUGACAGAGCAAAGACACACACACAAUAUGCAAAACUGUACUGUGGUUUCUGACAACACACACACAAAUGAACAAAUACAUUAAAUUUUCACAACCUUAACUUCCACAGUUGGCACACAUUUCACACUUGAUCUCAUACAGACACGCACACACACAAAGAAGCAUAUGCUUCGAAGCAGAGGGCGGACACAGACAUUCUCUUGACGGAUAGAGAGUUUUUCCCAUGCUCAUCGACACACCAUGAAAACUGAACCAUUGCUUUGAUGGCGAUAAUGUGAUGAAAUGUAGAAGACAUAAUUUCUUAUUUUCACACACAAGAGCACUCAGCAGCCACUUCUUCUUUUGACUAAAAGGAUGAAUUGCACAGUAGCCCAGAACACGCUAUCCGCAGCCAUAAACUCCACGGACAACUCCACAGCUCAAUCUUCAAAUAUUAAGCUUCCUCCUGAGUACCACAUGAUCCUCCUUGGCAUCUACUCUGUGGUUUUGGUUAGUGGUACUAUCAGCCUGAGCCUGAUGAUGCACAUCUUGAAGUCCAGCUCUACAUCCAGCACCUCCAUUGCUGUACUCAACCUCAUCUUCGCCCACUUCAUCUUUCUCAUCACUGUGCCCUUCAGAAUUUAUUAUCACGUGGCUCAAAAGUGGCACCUGGGAAAGGGGCUGUGUAAAGUGAUCAGCGGCAUGAUCCACAUCCACAUGUACAUGUCUUUUAUCUUCUAUGUGAUCAUCCUCAUCACGCGCCUGAUGACAUUCUACCACAAAGCUGGACAGCUGGCCUCUUUCCAGAGGAUUCAUGCACUCGUGGUCAGUGCUUUGGUGUGGGUGGUGGUGCUUAUCAUGGUCCCUUGCAUCAUCCAUUUUUCCUAUGGCCAAAAAUCCUCAGCAGAUGCAUAUGAAUGCUUCCAUUUUGGCCUUAGCAUACAUUCCGGUGCCAAGGUGUUCAAUUACAUCAUAAGCACACUGAUCAUAGUUGUGGCCACAGUGCUGACAGCCCUCCAAGCCAGUGCCCUCAGGGUUUUAUACAGGAAGCAUCAGGGAUGCACCUCUCAGCAGGACUUUGGGGCUCAACAGAAAAGCUUAUGCUUUGCCCUCAUCAUGGUGGUCUGCUUCAUUCCCUACCACAUGUUUCGACUCUAUUACGUAGCAAACAUUAAUAAUGAGAAUGAGAAUAUCAAUGAGGUGUUUCUGAGUCUGACAACUUUUAACUGUUUGGACAUGCUUACUUUCUUGGGGAGGAGAACCUGCUACACAUGCUUCUUGAGAAAUCUUGUUUGUGAGUGAGGGGGUCAAGAGUGUUUAUUUACUUUAUUUUGCAACUUAAUUAUACUGAACUGUUCUUUAUUGGUUGUCAAAGUUCUGGUGCAGCCCCAUAAACAUAAAAUACACAUUUUCAACUGCACAUGGGAGCCUUGAGAACUACAUCAUAUGAUCCUAAGUGGCUGUGCACAGAAAACUAAACUUCUAUUGUUAUUAUUCUUAUUUUUUUUAAGUACCUGUUUUAGCUUACCAUGUCAAUGUGGUAGACGCAGUGUGUGGUGGCUAUUUGUUACUCAGUAGGCUGCUGAUUAUCAUCUUAAACUGUGUGUCUGUUAAAUAUUUAAAGUAUUUGACAUGACUGUAAACUUUUCUUUGCUUUAACUCAAAAUGAAUGAAAUAAUAAACUCUGGCCAUCUGCAGCUUUGAAUGUACUACACAUGCUUGAAGCUUGAAAUUUGUAAUGUUAGAUCAAGGUUCAGGGUUUAUACAUGAUUUCAUGAGAGAGGCAUCGUAUAUUUAUAUUGUGUUGGCUAACAUUUAACUGCUGUGUGCAUGGCUGAAGUGUGCAGCUUCGUUGCAUUGAGAAGAGAAAUAAAUGUCUAAAAUCA